GCCUGAGAGGUAUCUCGGAGAAGAAGUGUGUGAGAGGAGGAGGAGAUGUCGACGGUGUACGUGCUAGAGCCUCCGACAAAGGGAAAGGUCAUUGUGAAUACAACUCAUGGUCCAAUCGACGUCGAGCUUUGGCCUAAGGAAGCCCCCAAAUCCGUACGGAACUUCGUUCAACUAUGUCUCGAGGGUUACUUCGACAACACCAUCUUCCACCGUGUUAUUCCCGGAUUUCUCGUUCAAGGCGGCGAUCCCACCGGCUCCGGCACCGGUGGAGAGAGUAUAUAUGGAGGUGUAUUUGCCGAUGAAUUCCAUUCAAGAUUGAGAUUUAACCACCGUGGGAUUGUAGCCAUGGCUAAUGCGAGCUCACCGAAUUCUAAUGGAAGUCAGUUCUUUUUUACUUUGGAUAAGUCUGAUUGGCUUGAUAAGAAGCACACUAUCUUUGGCAAGGUAACGGGCGAUUCUAUCUACAAUCUUUUAAGACUAGGAGAGGUUGACACGGGUAAAGAUGAUCGGCCUCUGGAUCCUGCUCCGAAAAUAUUAUCUGUUGAGGUUUUGUGGAACCCUUUCGAAGAUAUCGUUCCUAGAGUGUUGGCAAAGACAUCACAAGAAUCUGUUGCUGAAAUAAAGGAACCCCCGAAAAAGCCCGUGAAGAAAUUGAAUCUUCUAUCAUUCGGAGAAGAAGCUGAGGAAGAGGAGAAGGAACUGGCUGUUGUAAAGCAAAAGAUUAAGAGCAGUCAUGACGUAUUGAAUGAUCCUCGACUUUUGAAGGCAGAAGCUACAGAUAAAGAACGGAAUGCAUCUGAGUCGAAGGAGGUACUAUCUGUGCGAGAAGCUCUGAAUACUAAGAAAGAAGCGGCUCAAAAAGAUAAAAGCUUUUCUGUAUCUGAUACAGUUGGACAUAGUGAUGAUGACGAUGAUGAUGAAGAUGAGACUAAAUUUGAUGCAAAGAUGAGGAAUCAAGUGCUCAGCAGAAGGAAGGAGAUGGGAGAUACGCCUUCAAAACCAACUCAGACAAAAAAGAGCUCUAGUCUGAAAGGCCGUGAAGAGUCUACGCAAAGGUCUGAUGUUGUAAGUAGUGAAGACGAGAAACCAAGGAUGGAAAAGUUAUCCUUGAAGAAAAAAGGAAUAGGCUCAGAAGCCAAAUCCGAACAUAUGGAGAAAGGAGACACUGAUUUACAGCUUUACAACGCUUCCGAACGCGCCCGGCAGUUGCAUAAGUUGAAAAAACGCAGACUGCAAGGAAAUGAGGAUGCUGUGUUAGCAAAACUCGAGAAGUUUAAGCAGUCUAUAUCUGCAAAACCGUUUACCUCGAGUAAUGAACCAGUAGCGUUUACCUCGAGUAGUGAACCAGUAGACAAUAAAGAAGAAGAUCUCUCUGAUUGGAAGAAAGUAAAGCUCAAGUUUGCUCCUGAGCGUGGCAAGGAUAAAAUGUCGCGCAGGGAUGAUCCAGAUGCGUAUGUGGUGGUCGACCCUCUUCUUGAAAAGGGAAAAGAGAAGUUCAACAGAAUGCAAGCCAAACAAAAACGAAGGGAGCGAGAAUGGUCAGGAAAAUCUCUUGCCUGAGUUUGGGAAUCUUAACCAUUCAUUUUUUUUACUUUUGUUGUUUUGUUGAUCCUUAAGAUGCCCGUUGACUGUCAAAAUCUCUCCUGUUUAAACUUAGAUACAUACAGAGACAUGAAUGAGCAUCUUAAACAGAAGGUCACUCUCUCCCAUGAUACAGAACUAAUGUGUUAAUACAUGUUAUUUGUAGGA